CAAAAGUAUGUUUUUCACAGAAGCUGGAAGUUGUUCGCUCUCGUUUUGUUUGUGGAAGUGUGAAGAAAUCAAAUUUUCAACAAAUUGAAAUUAUACGAGUACAAAUGACAAGUUAGGAUAUAGUUAUCAAGCUUUACCGUAACGGAGCGGACAAGAUUCGAUAAGGAAAACUAUCUUCGACGACUUCUAUAUAAGCAGUUGUGGUGAAUUAGGCGUGACGUCUAGUAUAGUAAAAAAAAUGUCGUACUAUAACCACGCAGGGAACAAUAACUCUGGGGGAGGGGGAGGAGGAAGACCGCGACAACCUCCGUCCGCUGGCCACAAUAAUCAGCAGCAAAACUACAAUUCCAUGAUGUACCAACAACAACAACAACCGUCUUACUCAUCUGGCGCAGAAGGUUAUCCUACCAGAGGAAACCCCCAGCCGCAACAACAACAGUACGGCUAUACCCAUCCGUCAGCAGCAAACGCCUAUUAUCAGCAACCACCUCCACAAUUUUCAGCCGCACCACCCACGCAACAACAUCAGCAGGCUGAUUAUUCAAAAUAUCAGUUUCUGCCUUAUGGGCAGCCCAACCAGCAACAGAUGAUAUCCCAGGCCUAUGCUACCAGCUUCAACCCCUAUCAGCAGUUCCAUCCUCUUUCUGCUGCUACAGAUUCGAUUAAUACUGCCAAUAAUUCCUUCAAUCAAAGCAAUAUGCAGGGUUAUGCUGCGUAUGCCCAACUUCAGCAACAACAACAUAGUCAGGCAAUGGGAGGAGUAGGAUAUUAUCACCAAAUUCCCCAUCCAACUGCAUUCGUGGCUCCAGUACCAGUUCCAGCACCACCACUCCCCGUCCCAGUACCACCACCAUCAACGAGUACAACAGCGUUGUCAUCACCGACGCGUGGGACUACUGAGAGGGACCAACACAGCAAAUCAUCGUCACAACCAAAGCCGCAACACAAGGAGCAACCAGAGUUUAAGACGAAGGGAAAGCUUGAUAAACCAGAAGAAGAAGAGGAGCGACAUAGCGCUGGUCAACCUGCCGAGAAUCAGCCAAAGGAUCCAGUACCACCAAGAAAAUCUGUGCCUAUCAUGGUCGGUAAGAGAAAGGGUGGAAGAGCUUUGCCGACUGGAGUUGUUAAAAAACAGCGUCCUGAGAGUCCAACUGAAGGUAAAGGAACCACCGCUUGGCAAUCUUAUAUGAAUGAGGUCAAGAAGUACAAAGAUAGGUCGUGCGAAGAUGAUAGAAAAAAUAGACCGCUGGUUAAAUAAUGCUACUGGGAAACAUCGUUAUUUUCAGGAUUCAAAAAUAAUAUAAUUAUAAAUUCUUUGUUAACGUAUUUGGCGAAAUUAAACGUCAUUUGUGUACUGUGUGUAUGAACGAAGAAUAAUUUACAAUGAUGAUGAUAUUCGUAAUCUUUCGGAUCAAGGGUGAAAUUAAGUAUGUUUACAGUUUCUUACUGGCUUUAUUUGUUAUUUUUAUGAUAUCUAGUAAGGUUUUAGUAUUAUUUAGUUAUAUCAGAUUGUGUACACUGAUGUGUUACGUACUUCCGUAAAUCGUGCAUAAUAAAAUGUAUCUAAAAAACCUCACAAACAAA